AUAGGGAGCAGACUCGUUUCCCAGAAGGAUUCCAAAUAAACGGUUAAGGAUUGCUUUCUGAAUCAUUUUCCGGACGAGUGAGGACUGGGGGGAGUCGAGACUACAGAGUUCAGAUUCGAGCCUGAAUUGUUAGUUGCAGACGUUUAGUAUCUUCCUCAUCAGUGUCUGGCGCUGUAGCAUCAUAUAUUGAUAGCAGAAAACUUGGGGUUCCGGUGGGCGAGCCGAAGCAUUCGCGAACCUCUACCAAAAGGAAACCACACGAGCCAAAAUUGCUAUCUUGCGCAUGGUGUUCGUUUGAAGCACAUCUGCUUGUCUUUGCAUGAUCAAAGUGGCUAAGAGAAACGUCAACCAUUGGAACCAGACAAAUUCAAUAAUGUUGACUCGGAGCAAUGGAUAUGUAUACUUUUUUGAGAUGGGUAGAACAUGGAACGAGUGACUGUUAGAUAAUUUACAUUGGGAAUGGAGUAGACGUUCUCUCUGGAGCUUCAUAGCUGAGAAAUUGUUGGUUUACCAACGAUGGAGAGAACUAAAGAUGAGUGUACGGCAGAAAAAUCUCGCCCUAGUACUGAGUUUGAUGAAGAAGUGCCAAGCGUUAGCUCGAAUUUAUACUUGGAUCAAGUUGGGGAGGUCGUUCUUAAUCUUAAUUCAGAUGGGUUAUCGUGGAAACUGGUGGAAACCAUGGAUAAUGACAUGGAUGGAUCUACUUGUUUUGGCAUAAAUCUCACUUCCAAAACUGAAUCUGAAAUAAAAUUUUCUGAUGUUUAUGCUGUUGAGUUCAUCAGUUGGGGUUUGAUUCGUGAAGCAAAUAUUCCAAAUGCUGGAGGAUGUAUUUUGGGUUGUGACUCUGAGAUGCAUCGAUUUGUAGUGCAUGGGGUACAAAGGUCAAAGACCAGGGGUUCUGUUUGGAUCCAGGCUAUGUACACUUUUGGACACAAGGAUUUGCAAACAUGCCUGACAUGGAUGAAUCAGAUCAAUGAUUAUAUAAAUAGGGAAAUAGGGAGACCCAAGAACCUUUUGGUUUUUGUGCAUCCUUUGAGUGGGAAUGGAAAUGGUUGUAGAACUUGGGAAUCUGUGGCUCCUAUAUUCUGUCGUGCUAAAGUAGAAACAAAGGUGACAGUGACAAAGAAGGCGGGACAUGCAUUUGAUGUAAUGUCAUCCAUUACAGAUGAGGAACUUAAUUCUUAUGAUGGGGUUGUUGCUGUUGGUGGUGAUGGCUUCUUUAAUGAAAUUCUGAAUGGACUGCUAUCUUCGAGGCACAAGGUUCCUUACCCACCAGCACCCACAGAUUUUGUGCAUUUAUCUGGGAAAAAUGGUACCGUCUUUGUUCACGAUGCAAAUGGAAACGCCCCUGCAACUUCUUUUCAAAAUGACCAUCAGGAUACUUUUCUUGAUAGUUCGGGAGCUACUAUAUCAGGCCUUCCAACUUGCAGAAACAAAAGUGGAUCUUGUAAUACAGAAUCUGCAGAUCAAGCUCCUACAUUUACUUUCCCAAAUGAACAUUUUAGACUUGGGAUUAUUCCUGCUGGUUCAACUGAUGCCAUUGCGGUUUGUACAACUGGGGCUAGAGAUCCUGUAACAUCUGCUCUACAGAUCAUUCUUGGUAAAAGGGUAUGCCUUGAUAUAGCUCAAGUUGUUAGAUGGAGAACAACAACUUCAUCGAAGGAUGCACCCUAUAUACGCUAUGCUGCUUCUUUUGCUGGAUAUGGAUUUUUUGGUGAUGUCAUUAAGGAGAGUGAAGAUUACCGCUGGAUGGGCCCUAAACGCUACGAUUAUGCAGGAGCAAAGGUGUUUUUGAAGCACAGGUCAUAUGAGGCAGAGAUAAGAUUUCUAGAAGCCAAAGCGGAAAAUGAAAAUCAAACCAAUAAAAAAGAUCUUCAGGGAAGUGAAAAACAAUCACUGUGGAACCCACAAAAAAAAUCUAGAAGACUGGUCUGCAGUGUUAACUGCAGUGUCUGUAGUGAGUGCCUCAAGCCAAUUCAGGCACCUUCAAAAGAUCCCAUCAUAACAGGCUACACAUCUUCUGAAGAAGUAAAGUGGUUGCAAUGCAAAGGGCGUUUUUUAAGUGUUGGUGCUGCUGUCAUCUCAUGUCGUAAUGAAAGAGCUCCUGAUGGUUUGGUGGCUGAUGCACACCUUGCAGAUGGUUUCCUGCAUCUUGUAUUAAUCAAAGAGUGCCCCCGUGCACUCUUUUUAUGGCACCUUACACAGGUUGCAAGGAAAGGUGGUGACCCCUUAAAUUUCGAGUUUGUGGAGCAUCAUAAAACCAGAGCUUUCACUUUUACUUCUUUUGGUGAUACGAGUGUAUGGAAUUUGGAUGGUGAGCUCUUUGAAGCACAUCAACUGUCAGUGCAAGUAAUACAAGGUCUUAUCAGUUUAUUUGCAUCUGGUCCUGAAGUUUAAGGGUGUAGGAUAUCUCAGAAAGGGUUCCUUGGACUCUAAGGUGAAAAAAGAACAUCCUAAGUUGUGGCUUUUAAUGGUUUUUCACAUUGCUUAAGCACCGAGUGGCUUCUCUCUCUGCAGCCUGAAACCAACAUAUAGGGUGAUUUUUGGAGAUUCAAUUGCAUUUUAAAAUGCAGACAGAACACCAUAAAUAUGGUAUAUUUAGACCAAGGUAAACAUCCAAUGGACUUAUAAUUCAGAUAUGCAGUUUAGAGGAGACGGUGGGAGCUUGGUUGAAUUCCAUCUUGAUUAGCUUCUCAAGGUACGGGAAGGAAACAAAAGAAAGCUAGAUUGUAAAUCUAUUGUAAUCUACAUAAGUUGGGGGUGAUUUUUCUAACCCCCAAACUGCACAGAACUUUGAGUCCCUGAUACUUAACUGUAUUGUAUCCGCAUUUCUUGUGUAUGUUAUAGUUCUUUUUUAUUGGUUGGUCUUUUUCUUUAACACCCAUUUGAGAUGCUUUCGCUUAAACUCAGUAUGAAUCUGUUAUAUAAUUAAUAUUUUUGAUA